CGCGCGGCCGCUUGUUUGGCUCUGUUCAAACAAAGCCAGGCAUGUUCCUCGCUGCGCGCUCCCCCUGCCUCAGUCUCUCCCUGGUUCGGAGGCUCGCUGCCGCCGCUUCUUCCUCUUCAGGGACGAAAGCUGGCAACUCCUCGCUUGGCUCCGCCCCGUUUGUCCGCUUUGGCUUUGCCCCAGGAAGGAGGAAGUGCCCGUUAUUUCGUGGCGGUUGCCCCUCGAGGCGGGGGGAGGGGGGGAAUGAGCGCGAGGCGAGUUGGCCCCGCCCCUCCCUGCGGCCCCUUCACGCGCGCACACACACGGCUCGUGCCUGAGGUUAUCUCAUAUUGCAGUUCAUUAAGGAACAAAGUUUGAACAACAAUGGAUUUGAACGCUCGAAGUCACUUGCUUCAGAAUCGCGAGGCUCUGGAAAGAGAUGUCAAGACUUCCUAUAUAAUAGACCAUAUGAUCGCAGAUGGAGCAUUGACACUGCAGGAAGAGGAAGAAGUAAAAGCUGUGACUACUCAAAGGGACCGAGCAGCUAAACUUAUAAAAACAAUUCUUGAGAAAGAUGAUCAUGCAUAUAUAUCAUUUUAUAAUGCUCUGGUUCAUGAGGGAUACAAAGAUCUUGCUGCCCUUCUCCAAGACGGCAUCCCAAUUAUUUCCCCUUGUAAUGGAAAUAAGUCUACAGAUGGAGUAACAUCCUAUGUUAAGACCAUACUUUGUGAAGGUGGAGUUCCACAGCGGCCAGUUGUAUUUGUCACUCGUCCAGAAUUCACAAAAAGAAUACAGCGAAAACUAUAUAAGCUGAAAAGUGAUCCAGGAUGGGUUGUUAUUUAUGGCAUGGCAGGUUGUGGAAAGACCGUUUUGGCAGCAGACACACUCCGUGACCACAAUCUUUUGAAAGACUGCUUCCCAGGAGGAGUACAUUGGGUUUCUAUUGGGAAACAAGACAAGGCAGGCCUGUUGAUGAAACUCCAAAAUCUGUGUCUGAGGUUGGACCAGGACUCCACUUAUUUGCAGAGGCCACCACUUAAUAUUGAGGAAGCAAAGGAUCGCCUUCGGGUGUUGUUGUUUCGCAAAUAUCCAAGGUCUCUGUUGGUUCUGGAUGACAUUUGGGAUUCAUGGGUAUUAAAAGCCUUUGAUAGUCAUUUCCAGGUUCUUCUCACCAGUAGGGACAGGAGUGUAACAGAUUCAGUAACUGGCAAGAAAUACGAAGUUCCAGUGGAAAGCGGACUAUCACAUGAAAAAGCACUUGAAAUAUUAUCCCUAUUUGUUAACAUGGAAAUAACAGAGCUACCAGAGAAAGCUGAUUGGAUUGUAAAAGAAUGCAAAGGUUCUCCUCUUGUGGUAUCUUUAAUAGGAGCAUUAUUACGAGAUUUCCCCAAUCGCUGGGAAUACUAUCUUAGACAACUUCAAAACAAGCAGUUCAGAAGAAUAAAGAAAUCUUCAUCUUAUGAUUAUGAAGCACUUGAUGAAGCAAUGUCCAUAAGUGUUGAAAUGUUGCCAGAAAAUUUUAAAGAUUAUUACAGAGACCUUUCUGUCCUUCAAAAGGACGUUAAAGUGCCUUCAAAGGUUUUCUGUGUUCUUUGGGAUAUGGAGACUGAAGAAGCUGAAGACAUACUACAAGAAUUUGUUAAUAAAUCUCUCCUGUUCUGUGAUCGAAAUGGGAAAUCAUUCCAUUAUUAUUUGCAUGAUCUUCAACUUGAUUUUCUUACUGAGAAGAAUCGUGGUCAGCUGCAAGCACUACAUAAAAAAGUAGUCCACCAAUACAAGAACCACUAUGCACAGUAUAUGCCAAAUUCAACUCAGGAAGAUUGGAUGUAUUGGUAUAAUUUUCUCGCUUACCAUAUGUCAAGUGCUAACAUGCACGAUGAACUCUGUGCUCUCAUGUUUUCACUAGAUUGGAUUAAAACCAAAACAGAAUUGGUAGGACCUGCACAUUUGAUUCAUGAAUAUGUUGAAUACAGUGAAAUAUUGAAUGAAAAGGAUCCCAUUGCACGUGAAAACUUCCAGGAAUUUUUAUCUUUAAACGGACACCUGCUUGGACGACAGCCAUCUUUGGACAUUGUGCAGCUGGGCCUUUGUCAACCAGAGAGUUCAAAAGUAUAUCAACAAGCGAAACUACAAGCUCAGCAAAGACUUGAUAAAGGAUCCUUUUAUGUGGAAUGGAUGAAUAAGCAGUCCAUGAAGAAUACUUAUCGUCUGGUUGUGCGUCCACACACAGAUGCUGUCUAUCAUGCUUGUUUUUCCCAAGACAGACACAGAAUAGCUUCAUGCGGAGCUGACAAAACAUUGCAGAUAUUUAAAGCUGAAAGUGGAGAAAAGCUUCUGGAAGUAAAAGCUCAUGAUGAUGAAGUACGGUGUUGUUCCUUUUCAGCAGAUGACAGAUUUGUUGCUACUUGUUCUGCUGACAGAAAAGUAAAAGUCUGGAAUUCACGAACAGGUCAACUUGUGUGCGUAUUUGAAGAACAUACAGAGCAGGUCAACUGCUGUCAGUUUAGCAAUACAAAUCAUAACCAGUUUCUGUUAGUUACUUGUUCAAAUGACAGUUUUAUCAAACUCUGGGAUUUGAAUAAAAAAUACUGUCGCAAUACACUAUUUGACCACAGCAGUGCUGUUACUCACUGCAGGUUCUCUCCAAAUGAUAAAUACAUUGCUAGUUGUUCUGCAGAUGGAACUUUAAUGCUUUGGUAUGCUCAGUCAGCAAAUAAACAAAAAACGGUUGACAUAAGAGGCAACUUCAGAAAUGUGGAUGAAUACCAAGAUGACGUGGAAGUGUUAGUGAAAUGUUGUUCAUGGUCAUCUGAUAGUACUACAAUAGUCGUGGCAGCCAAAAACAAGCUUUUUCUUACUGAUACUAAGAUCAAUACUUCAUUGCCAGAAGUCCUUAUAAACCACCACUAUACUAUUCAGUAUUGUGAUUUUUGUCCAAAUAGUCAGAUGGUGGCGGUUGCUUUAUCAAAUUAUUCUGUUGAGAUAUGGAAUAUUGACUCCUGUUCCAAAAUAGCGGAUUGUCGUGGACAUAUGAGCUGGGUGCAUUCAGUGACAUUUUCUUUUGAUGGUUCUUUAUUCCUCACUUCUUCUGAUGACCAAACAAUAAGAAUUUGGGAAACAAGUAAGGUAUGCAGCUUCUCUGCCAUUGUGUUAAACCGUGAAAUAGAUGUUGUGUUUCUGGAAAAUGACGUGAUCAUCUUAGCCAUUGAUAGUUCAAAGCAUCUGCAACUUAUUAAUGGAUUCACAGGCAAUACCAUUUAUUUGACCAAAGAACAAGAUUCUUUCAUUUGCUGUUGCUGCUUGAGCCAUGAUCUGAAGGUUGCUGCAUUUGGAGAAAAGAAUGGAACAGUAAAGGUCUUAAGUCUGCCAAAUGGAAAUAUUUUAAAUUCUAGAACUGGACACAGAGAAGCUGUACAACACUGCCAGUUUACUUCUGAUGGGAAAACGCUUAUUUCAAGUUCUGAUGACUCGACUAUACAGGUAUGGAAUUGGCAGUCAGAGAAAUGCAUUCUUCUAAAAGGUCACAAUGAACGUGUCAAGAAAUUUCUUCUUCUAAAAGAUUCAAGGCUUCUGUCAUGGUCAUUUGAUGGGACAGUUAAGCUUUGGAACAUAAUUACUGGAGAAUUAGAAAAAGAUGUCAUCUGCCAUGAAAAUGCUAUUCUUUCUUGCGCUAUUUCACCAGAUGCCACUAUGUUUUCUACUACCUCUUCUGACAAGACUGCCAAGAUAUGGAGUUUUGAAACAUCAUCAAUGCUUCAUAAACUAAAUAGUCAUGAAAGCUGUGUAAGAUGCUGUGCUUUCUCGCAUAAUAAUGAACUGUUGGCCACAGGAGACGACAAUAGAGAAAUACGGAUGUGGGAUGUCUCAAGAGGUGAGCUGCUCCAUCUCUGUUCUCGUGCUUCAAAAGAUGAAGGCGAAUCAGCACAUGAAGGCUGGGUAACAGACCUUUGGUUUUCCCCUGACAGUAAAAUCCUGGUUUCUUCUUCAGGAUAUAUAAAGUGGUGGAGUGUGGAUACUGGUCAACCCCUACAAACAUUCUACACAAAUGGAACAGAUCUUAAAUCUCUGCAUGUGUCCCCAGAUUUCAAAGUAUGUGUGACUGUUGAUAAUCUUGGCAUUCUUUAUGUGCUACGGAUUAUGGAAUAAUUAUUUUUGAGACUGUGACAAUUUUUGUAACUGCAGCGUUUUGAGCCAAAAGCAUCUUUUUCGGGAAAAUCUUUUUUUAACUCUUAUGAAAUAUGAAGUGAUUUCUACUCUGACAUGCAUUAUGCAUAUGUUUAUUUGUACAUGUUUCUGAAUCUGCACACAUUUUCUAUUUUGCAUUUUAUCAGCCUUCUAAAGUUUGAUUUCUAUCUUGUAAAUACUGCUGGCUACUUAAAGAUUAAAAUCCAUUUGAGUGCUUCCACAGAAUGAAUGGAAUUUGCAAAUGUAACUAGGAAGGUGAUGAUCUCCCCAUCCCUCUUCAAACUCCCUAUACCAUAAAAUGCAUUCUGGAGGCCUGAGAAUCCCUCUGGAUUUGAUUUUGGGUAGUGAUAGGGUUGCAUUGGGGAAUAGAAAAAAAGGGAAUUGGCUUCGUGCAAUGUUGAAUUUAGGCUAAAUAUACUACGGGUAAUUGAAAAGAGUAUGAUGCACUGAAAUUACAUUUUUGAUCUUAUGGGUAAUAUUGUUAAAAGUAUGUGCAAUUAUAGAAAAAAGCAUAGUUUUUUAUUGGUAUUUUAAAAAAUGCAGAUAGAUUUAUAAAGCAAAUUUUGAAAGCCUUGAUAAAUUGUAUGAGUGACUAAAAAUCCUAGUAUUGUAAAAUCAAAUACGCCAUGUUAUUCUAAUGAGUAGCAGUUUGUGAUUUUCAGACAUAGGUAAUCUAAGCACAGUGUUCCUUGGCAUCAUCCCACACUACAUGCCCAGAGGAUUUGCAAGCUUAUGUCUACUCAUAUGAAAAGCCAUUUCAGUACUUUUUCUGUUUGUUGUUUCAGAUUAUGUUUAAAACAUUGCCAUUCUAUAUUUGCUAAUGUUUUUUCUCAGCUGUUAAAAAUUACAGUAUUGUGGUCUGAUAAAAUGAUUUUUAAAUUGUAUUAAAUCUAAUACAGAAAACGAAAGUAAAAUAUCCUGAUUUUUUUUUUCAUCUCUGGGUUUCUAUAUUCUUUCUACCAUACAUGUAAAAUACCAACAUGUUGUUAUUUUAACUAGCAAUAUUAUGAUAAGGGGAUUAUAAAUGUUAAUUUUAGGGGAGACCAUUCUCAGAUUUCCCCAUCCAGCAUAAUUGACAGAAUUAUGUUAUGAGCUGUAUGGUGAAAGUAGCAUCUUGAGAACCUGUUUUUGCUUCUGUCCCACUUAGCAGGCAACCGUCAUGUGUUGAAUACAAAGAAUGCCACCAAAGAGAUGCUAAGAAAAUCUGUCUCUUUUUUUGCACAAAAUUCAAUGAGACCUGGAAUGAGAGACAGAGAUGCAGAGUUACUUUGGUUACCAGUUAUCAUAUUUUAUGUCAGUGAGAAAAGUAUUAUGUUAGGCUUGGAGUUUUAUGAGAAUCAAGCACAAAUGUCCCAGCUCAUGGAAAAUGUUUUCAGUUAAGUUUUUCAAGUGAGAGCAUCUUUUUAAAAAAAACUACUGGCGCUGUCUAUUGCAAGUGCAGAUAAAGCAAAAGGGGAUUGUUGGUUUAUUACAUAUGGAGGGAGAAAUUCUUUCCAAUUUAUCUAGCACUUCAAGAUGUAGCAGGAGUACUAAUAGCAUCACAGUUUAGCUUUUGGCUAUGCUGUGCUUUUGGCUAUACUGUGAUGCUUCAUGUUAAUUGGUAUAUAUCUGUGCAUCAAAGGAAAUUGCUAAAUUUGCUGACCAAGCUGAAUUUUUUAAAAUGAUAUUAGAACUUUGUCAUGGCAACGUUAUUGGGUUUGAUUGAACAAGCUGUUAAAUUGUCAAGCAAUAAAUGUUUUAAUAUAAUGUGAAA